AAAGAUAAGAAUAUAUAUAUUUAACCUUUCUCGUACCCCUACAAUGAUAGAUUGAAAUCCUCUUUAUUAUAAUUUCACUCAAUUCACUGAAUAGUAGAUUAUCAAUUGUGUAUUGAUGAGUGGUGCACAUAUAAGUAAAUAAAUGGAUCUCACGUGAAUAUGUCUUUUUUCUUUUUUUUUUUUAAUGCACUGGCAAAACUGAUUCAAUUUUGGUAAUGUGAAUAGCUGGAGAUUUGUGAUCAAUUGUAGACUAAUGAUUUUCGGAGAUUGACUUGGGGACAAAACCAAGAAGCAUUUAAGGACUCAUACCUCACCAACUAAAACAAAAUUAUCUCUAAAAAGCAAAACCCCUGUAGCUCUCUGCCUCUGUCUCUAGCUAUGGACAACACCAAGCAGCCACUUCUUGACAAACACCAUUUACAGAACCCCCCUCCCACUCUGACAGCUUCGCAUCCUUCUUUUUCAUCGUCUUUUUCUGCCGUUGAAGACGACAUUGCACCCAUUAAUGGCGUUCAUGACUUCAUCAGAGAAUUCAGGGUCGAGUCAAAGAAGCUCUGGUACCUCGCCGGUCCGGCAAUCUUCACCUCCAUUUGUCAAUACUCCAUCGGAGCAGUUACUCAGGUGUUUGCAGGGCAUUUAGGAACUAUUCAACUUGCCGCUGUUUCCAUAGAAAACUCCGUCGUCGCCGGUUUCGCCUUCGGCAUCAUGUUGGGCAUGGGGAGUGCACUAGAGACACUUUGUGGACAAGCUUUUGGAGCAGGACAGCUCGAUAUGCUCGGAGUCUACAUGCAGAGAUCAUGGGUUAUUCUCAACACAACGGCAUUAGCAUUAAUGUUUCUCUAUAUUUUCGCCGUGCCGAUUCUAAAACUCAUCGGCCAGACGGCUGAGAUAUCGAACUGGGCGGGAAUUUUCUCUAUCUGGAUGAUACCGCAACUCUUUGCUUAUGCUAUGAAUUUCCCUAUCCAGAAGUUUUUACAAGCACAGAGCAAGAUGGUCGUGAUGGCGGUGAUAGCCGUGGUGGCGGUGCUUCUACACACUUUCCUCAGCUGGCUGCUGAUGCUGAAGCUGGAGUUGGGACUGGCCGCUGCCGCCGUGGUGCUGAACUCGUCGUGGUGGUUCAUUGUUGCAGCCCAACUUUUUUAUAUUUUCAGUGGGACUUGUGGCCAAGCUUGGUCUGGAUUUUCUUGGAUGGCCUUUCGCAAUCUCUCGGGAUUUGUUAGGUUAUCCCUCGAAUCAGCUAUAAUGCUUUGCUUAGAAUUUUGGUAUUUUAUGGCGUUAAUCCUCUUCGCUGGAUAUUUAAAGAAUGCACAAGUUGCAGUGGAUGCCAUGUCCAUAUGCAUGAACAUACUCGGCUGGACAUUCAUGGUGGCUCUUGGAUUCAAUGCAGCCAUAAGUGUGAGGGUGUCAAAUGAAUUGGGGGCAGCACACCCCAGAACCGCGAAAUUCUCAGUGGUAGUGGUCACAAUGACUUCAUUUUUUAUCGGUAUCUUCCUCGCCCUCAUUCUGAUUAUCGCCCGGAAGCAGUACCCUGCCUUUUUCUCAGACAGUAUAGAAGUCCAGCAGCUUGUAUAUGAUGUUACACCAUUGCUAGCAGUCACCAUUGUCAUUGACAAUGUUCAACCUACUUUUUCUGGGGUGGUGAUUGGAGCAGGAUGGCAAGCUUAUGUCGCAUAUGUAAACAUUGUGUGCUACUAUUUAGUUGGUAUUCCUAUAGGGAUCAUAAUGGGCUAUGUCUUUGAUAUGGGAGUGAAGGGUAUCUGGUAUGGGAUGAUUUCAGGAACUGGCUUACAAACUUGUGUCCUGCUCUGGAUGAUUUACAGAACCAACUGGAACAAAGAGGCUUCUAUUGCUGGAGACAGGGUAAAACAAUGGAGAGGGGAGCCAGAUGCUAGGGCCAAAGAUGCCGAUAGCAUAAACUGAGAGCAAAGGCCAGUACAACUACAUUCAACGGUCAAAUUUCAGUAUAUGUAUGUUGCUCAAAAAAUGCAGCUUUCUUGGCCAACGGCUACACAAUUGAUGUUUGUCCAGUUCGAAGUGAUGGUUGUUCUUGUUACUUCCAUGGAAGGAAAUACGAGAAUUUAUGACUAAAUUCCACAUUACUAGAUCAUGGUGUAAGCUUGAUCGAGAGUUUUUCCAUUUUUGGGUGUGAAUGAAGACGACCAAACUGAAAACUAAGGUGUUCAUAUAGGCAAAUUGGGAGGAUAUUCCUAUAUUUUCAAUCAACCGCGUAAUUAAUUAAUUAGUGAACCUUAAGUUCUAACAACUAAGUCUAU